UCAAAAGCUCGUCGAGACCUUUGACAUCGGUCCAUCUGGAACGCAAAUAGGGGUUAUCCAAUACAGCACGCGUGUGAGACAGGAAUUCUCCAUGAACAGCUUCCAAAGCAAAGAAACUUUGUCCAAUGCAAUCGACGAUAUUGCAUACAUGCGAGGCGGUACACGGACUGGAAGGGCUAUCAGGUAUGUGAGCAGGUACGGCUUUGCAAGAUCGGAUGGAGCUCGUCCGGGAGUAGCAAAAGUGCUUAUUGUCGUCACAGAUGGCAUUUCGUAUGACGGAGUGGCAACACCAGCAUAUAAAGCAAGACAGAAGGGAAUCCUUGUCUACGCUAUUGGUGUGUCAGGCUACGACCUGACGCAGCUCGAGCAGAUCGCCAGCAAUAACAGGACCUUGGCUGUGGUGGACAACUUCAACCUGCUGGAUAGUCUGAGAAACACACUUUUGACAGGAGUUUGUGAAGUUGUGCCACCAGUCUUUGUAUGUGUGACUUUGAAUGUCCCAUUCUCCAUACAACUGAGAAACGUCGAAUCGGUUGAAUUCUCCAGCAUCACCAGUGUUCUCCGGACAGAGGUAUCCAACUUGUUUAUCUCCGUUCCGGGAUUCCAAAGUACAUCUAUCGUCAGUUACCAACCUGCUCCUGGAAAUCAAGUAAAAGCAUCGAUUGCUGUCUUUGUUGCCGAGUUUGCAGCUACAACCAUGAAGCAAACCUUUACUACGGCUGUCAGUACUGGCAACCUGGGAUCUAUAUCAGUAAACUCCAGUUCAGCCGCAAUCAUCGAACAAGAAACAACUUCAUCCGCUGUAAGUUUCAUUGUUCAGAACAAUUGCAAUGCAGAUCUGCUCAACCAGGAAUCAGCUGCCUACACAGCCAUGGUUGCCCAAGUUGAGUCUGCGGUACUGUCAACUCUUGGAAACAUCCCAGGAGUGGUAUCGAUGGAAGUGACAAGCAUCAGUUGUUCUGGACUAGAUAUCUUGGUCUCUGUUUCCCUGACGGUUACGCUGACGUCCUCUGCUGCUGUCGUCACAACCGUUUCUACGGCUGUUUCGUCUGGAUCGAUUGGAUCAAUCACAGUGGACCCGACCUCCUUCGUCACUGGACAAGCUGCCACUCUUUGCCGAAAUCCACUGGACAUCAUCUUUCUCCUGGACGGAUCAGGAAGUGUGGGAGCCUCCAAUUUCGUGAAAGUCAAGCAGUUCACCAAGAAAACAAUCAGUGGAUUCGACAUUAGUCCUUCCGGAACUCAAGUAGGGGUCAUUCAGUACAGUACACGGACCAGACAAGAAUUUUCCAUGAACUCUUUCGUCACCAAAGAAACACUAUCCUCUGCGAUUGAUGAAGUGCAGUACAUGAGAGGAGGGACUCUGACUGGAAAGGCCAUUCGCUACGUGACGAAGUAUGGCUUUGGCAAGUCUGAUGGGGCUCGCCCGGGUGUUCCGAAGGUUGUCAUCGUCGUAACUGACGGUGUUUCCUACGACGCAGUUGCUGCACCUGCAUUGGAAGCACAACAAAAGGGAAUCACUGUCUACGCUAUCGGAGUCUCCGGAUAUGACGCAGAUCAGUUGGAACAAAUAGCCAGUAACAAUAACACGCUGGCAUUUGUGGACAACUUCAAUCUUCUGGAUAAUUUGAGGAACACGCUGCUGACAGGAGUGUGUGAUGCUGCCACACCGGUUUUUACCUCUGUUACGGUGAAUGUGCCGUUCACUGCUGAUCUGAGAAAUCCGGCAUCGGUUGCGUUCACGACCCUCUCCACUAGUCUUAAAACAGAGAUAACAAGUGUACUUGUAUCUGUUGUGGGAGUCCAGAGCGUUUCAAUUGUCGGCUUCCAACCAGCUCCUGACAACCAGCUCAAAGUGUCCAUUGCCGUAGCUGUCUCUCAAUUUGCUGCAGUCACAAUGAAGCAAACAUUUGUCACCGCGGUACAGACAGGGAGUUUGGGAUCAAUAACUGUGGUCGCAAGUUCAGCUGCUUUUGUGGAAGAAGCAACGUCUGUGGUGACUGUAUCACUUGUAGUACAAGAGACCUUCACCGCUGAUCUUCUUAACGUAGAGAGUCAAACAUUUGCCACGUUAAAGACGCGCAUAGAAACUCAGAUGUUAAUUGCAUUUAGCAAUGUAACUGGCGUCUCAGCUGUGCAGGUCACUGAAUUUCGUUCUUCCGGCCUCAAUAUCUUGGUGUCUGUUUCCCUGACGGUUACGGUGACGUCAUCCAGUACUGUGAUAACAACGGUUUCCACGGCUGUUUCAUCUGGUUCACUUGGCUCCAUCACCGUGGAUUCUACCUCCUUCGUUUCGGGAGAAGCUGCCACUCUUUGUCGAAAUCCAUUGGACAUCAUCUUUCUCUUGGACGGAUCAGGAAGUGUGGGGGCCUCUAAUUUCGAGAAAGUCAAGCAGUUCACCAAGAAAGCAAUCAGUGGAUUCGACAUUAGUCCUUCCGGAACUCAAGUAGGGGUCAUUCAGUACAGUACACGGACCAGACAAGAGUUUUCCAUGAACUCUUUUGUCACCAAAGAAACACUAUCCUCUGCGAUUGAUGAAGUGCAAUACAUGAGAGGAGGGACUCUGACUGGAAAGGCCAUUCGCUAUGUGACGAAGUAUGGCUUUGGCAAGUCUGAUGGGGCUCGUCCGGGUGUUCCAAAGGUUGUCAUCGUCGUAACUGACGGUGUUUCCUACGACGCAGUUGCUGCACCUGCAUUGGAAGCACAACAAAAGGGAAUUACUGUCUACGCUAUCGGAGUCUCCGGAUAUGACGCAGAUCAGUUGGAACAAAUAGCUAGUAACAAUAACACGCUGGCAUUUGUGGACAACUUCAACCUUCUGGAUAAUCUGAGGAACACACUGCUGACAGGAGUGUGUGAUGCUGCUACACCGGUUUUUACAUCUGUAACGGUGAAUGUGCCGUUCACUACUGAUCUGAGGAACCCGGGAUCCGUUGCGUUCACGACCCUCUCCACUAGUCUUAAAACAGAGAUAACAAGUGUACUUGUAACUGUUGUGGGAGUCCAAAGCGUUUCGAUUGUCGGCUUCCAACCAGCGCCUGCCAACCAGCUAAAAGUGUCCAUUGCCGUAGCUGUCUCUCAAUUUGCCGCCGUCACAAUGAAGCAAACAUUUGUCACCGCGGUACAGACAGGGAGUUUGGGAUCAAUAACUGUGGUCGCAAGUUCAGCUGCUUUCGUGGAAGAAGCAACGUCUGUGGUGACUAUAUCACUUGUAGUACAAGAGACCUUCACCGCUGAUCUUCUUAACGUAGAGAGCCAAGCAUUUGUCACGUUAAAGACGCGCAUAGAAACUCAGAUGUUAGUUGCAUUUAGCAAUGUAACUGGCGUCUCAGCUGUUCAGGUCACUGGAUUUCGCUCUUCCGGCCUCAAUAUUUUAGUCUCAGUUUCCCUGACGGUUACGGUGACGUCCUCAAGUACUGUGAUAACAACCGUUUCCACGGCUGUUUCAUCCGGUUCACUUGGUUCGAUCACUGUGGACUCGACUUCCUUCGCAUCUGGAGAAGCUGCAACAGUUUGUCGCAACCCACUGGACGUCAUAUUUCUUCUCGAUGGAUCUGGAAGUGUUGGUGUAGUUAAUUUUGAGAAGGUUAAACAGUUCACCCUUAAGACAGUUAUAGGCUUUCAUAUCGGACCGACGGCAACUCAAGUCGGCAUCAUUCAAUACAGUACAAGGCCUAGGCAGGAAUUUUCCAUGAAUUCAUUCCAAACGAAGGAAAGUUUAUCAACAGCAAUUGAGAAUGUUAACUAUAUGGCCGGUGGGACCCUGACUGGAAAGGCAAUUCGAUACGUUACCAAAUAUGGGUUUGGAGAAUCUGACGGAGCUCGUCCUGGCAUCCCGAAGAUUGUCAUCCUUGUAACAGACGGAGUGUCCUCUGACGACAUAGAGCAGCCAGCGCUAGAGGCACAGCAGAAGGGCAUCAGUUUAUAUGCCAUAGGUGUAUCCGGUUACGAUAUGGACCAACUGGAACGGAUUGCAAGUAACAACAGAACUCUGGCAGUGGCCGAGAACUUCAACCUACUUGACAGUCUGAGGAAUACUCUGCUUACAGGGAUUUGUGAUAUCACUCCACCGGUAUUUGCGUCACUAACUGUCACCAGACAGUUUACUGUGGUUCUUCGUAAUUCUGGCUCUGAGGAAUUCAAGACCCUGGCAGCCACUGUAAAAACAGAGAUUCACAGUCAGCUUGUGACGGUGGUUGGGUUUCAAAGCGUGUCUGUCAUAGGAUUUCAGCCAGCGGCUGGGAAUACGGUGAAAGUGGUUUUGGUCAUCAAUACGCAAAAGUUUGCAGAACAGGCAAUGAAGACUACUUUCAGUACGGCGAUUUCCUCUGGGUCAAUAGGCAGUCUGGUUGUCGAUGCAUCCUCUGCUGUUUUCAUUCAAGAAGAAACAGCGGAAGUGACGGUAUCAAUCAAGGUUGAGGAAACUUUUACUGCAGCGCUGGUCAAUGUGGAAUCCAGUGAAUAUGCCACUUUCAAGACGAGAAUUGAAAACUCGAUGUUGUCUACAUUGUCAUCUUCGUCUGGUGUGGUGUCGGUAUCUGUCGCAGAGGUCAGGGCAAUCGAACUGCAGAUUAUAGUGAUUAUCAAAAUCACUGUGACAGUUUCCACGGUGGCUGCCGUUACCUCAACUGUCUCCGUCGCCGUGGCUACGGGAUCUAUCAGUGGCAUCACUGUUGACGCAAGCUUCUUCUCCUCUGGCGAACAAGCUCUUGCCUGUGGAAAUCCCAUAGAUAUAAUUUUCAUGCUGGAUGGGUCUGGGAGUGUGGGACCAGACAACUUUAACAAGAUGAAAGAGUUUGUGAAAAAGACUGUUGGUGGGUACCUGAUAGGCCCGUCUAACACAAGAGUUGCUGUGAUGCAGUAUAGCUCAUCGGUCAGGCAGGAGUUUGCGCUGGACGCCUUCAACACUUUAGAGGAUCUACUUGUUGGAAUCGAAGAGAUUAGAUACAUGAGAGGAGGCACUAGAACUGGUAAAGCACUGACAAGGCUACGAAGGCAAGGAUUCCUGGAAAGCAACGGUGCACGCAAAAACGUGCCUCACGUAGCUGUUAUUGUCACGGAUGGACGGUCCUCCGAUAGCGUAGACCAAGCAGCCCUUGAAACUCGACAGAGUGGCAUAGUGUUGUAUGCUGUCGGUGUGGGGAAUUACGACCUAGGUCAGCUGACGGACAUUGCCAGCACGAAUGAGACGCUAGGUGUCGUUGAUAACUUCAACCUCCUUGACGAUGUCCGAAACUCUUUGCUGUCAUCUGUUUGUAGUGCUACCGCACCCGUGUUCGCCACCUUUGUGGUGCAGGCUGUCUACUCAGAACAGUUAAGAGACCCAGGAUCGUCUACGUUCGUCUCUCUUGCAGAGCAAGUUCGCGUGAACAUGGUGUCCACCUUUAGCAGUGUGGUUGGCUUUCAGUCUGUGCAAGUUGUUGAAUUCCGACAACAGACAACAACAACCGUUACAGCUGUUGUAUCCAUUUCCGUAACGACGUAUGCAACCGUGACCCUGACGCAAACCUUUAAUACAGCUGUGAACAGUGGGACCAUUGGCUCUUUGACUGUUGUCCCUGGGUCCGCUGGAAUCGUCUCUCAGGAGACACAGAGUGUUUUCACGGCCUUCGAAAUAACUCAGUCUUUCACGUCUGCACUUCUUGUUACGACAUCAACGGAGUACGUGCAGCUCAGGAAGACAGUGGAGACUUCGAUACUUUCCACUCUUUCGGCUGUUUCUGGAGUGUUGUCUGUCCAAGUAGUCGAAUUCAAAGCUAUAAAUCUGAACAUAGUAGUUACGAUAAAGAUAGAGGUUACUGUGACCUCCUCUGCGUCUGUCGUUACCUCCGUGUCUACCGCUGUGGCAACUGGAACUAUCGGAACAAUCACUGUCAAUUCUCAGUCAUUCUUCACAGGAUCAACAGCACCCCCUUGCAACAAUCCUGUGGACAUCGUCUUUGUCCUCGACGGGUCCGGGAGCGUCGGUCGCAGAAACUUUGAGAAAGUACAGGCAGGCGUCAAAAAGAUUGUAGGUGACUUUAAUAUCGCGCUGGACUCCACCCGUGUUGGUGUUGUACAGUACAGUAGUAUUGUUCGACAGGAAUUUGCUCUGGACACAUUCAGCAACCUUCAAGGCCUUGAGUCAGGAAUCCAAAGCAUUCCCUAUAUGGCAGGUGGUACAAGAACAGGUGCUGCAAUGGAAUAUGCAAUCCAGAACAGCUUUACCUCAGCUAAUGGUGCCCGACCUGAUGUUGGCCAUGUCAUUGUCCUUGUGACAGAUGGGCGGUCAUAUGACGAUGUAUCCCAGGCGUCUCAGAAAGCCAAACAAGCUGGCAUUGUCGUCUUUGCUGUUGGAAUCGGCGAUGGGGCUGUGGAAUCACAGCUAAAUCAGAUUGCCAGUUCCACUGACAAAGUCGCACAGGUCGAGACCUUCAAUCUCUUCGAUGAUCUGAGAGGAGAAUUUUUCCAACCAAUAUGUUCAGUUUCAGCCCCGACAUAUGCCUCCGCAAUUAUCAACGUUCAGUACACGCAAGACUUGAGAAACCCGAGUUCUGUAGCAUUCAUCUCACUUGCCACUCAGAUACAAGUCUCGUUCACGGUUACUCUGAAUGUCGUGGUUGGAUUCCAAAGUGUGCAAGUCGUUGAGUUUCAGCAAAGUUCUUCCAACACCGUGAAGGUCAUUCUCGUUAUCGUGGUAACAACGUACGCUGCUCAAGAUUUACAAUCGACCUUCUCAGUCAGUAUCUCCAGUGGGACCAUCGGCAACCUCACGGUCGAUCCCUCCUCGGCAAUCUUUGUGCAAGAAGAGGUUUUUACCAAGUACGUAGGGCUGCAAAUAAAACAGUCUUUCACGGCCAGUCUACUAGUAACGAGUUCGUCCGAUUUCUACACCCUUGGAAGUCGUGUAGAACAGGCGCUGUUACCGAUCCUGUUAGGAGUACAAGGUUUCACGUCCGUGAGGCUGAUCAGUUUCCAGACGGCGGGCAAUGAUAUUGUUGCUGUGUCGGCGGCUGUUGGAACGGCCGGCUUUAGCUCCAGCCUAAACUCCAACGUGACUGCAGGUGUAGCAUCCGGUACACUAGGAGACCUGUCCGUGGCAACAACUGCCACUGUUGGUGAUAAAGGUCCACCUUGUGAUGUGGUGCAAGACAUCGUAUAUGUCGUGGAGGGCUCUGAUGCGAUGGGAGAUACCAACUUCGCCAGGGUGAAAGAGUGGAUAAAGAAAGCUGCUUCAGAUUCGCUUGUCUCUCCUCAGAAACAGCGAGUCAGCGUUGUCCAAUUCAGUGACAGUCCCAGGCAAGAGAUACAGUUCGGACAAUAUAAAGACAUCGACAGUCUGAGCAGUGCAAUUGAUGCCCUUGCGUUUGUGGGAGGUGGUAGCAAAGUAGGGGCCGCCAUAUCCUCCAUCAUGGAUACCACAUUUUCUGUGCGAAAUGGUGCACGCACUAAUGCUCCUAGAGUUGCUGUCUUCAUCCUUGCUUCCUCUUCAGAGGACGCGAUAAGUAGUGCAGCAAGGUCUGCACAGACUGCUGGAAUACUGAUGUAUGCUUUCAGCGUGGGCAACUUUACUAACAAGACUCAGCUUGAAGACAUAGCGAGCAACAAUCAACUGUCGCGAAUCAGCAGCUUGAACAGCCUAGACGACCUGCGUAACACCAUUCUCAAGCCUCUCUGCUAUGGAAUUACAAACAGUUACGGAAGCUUUAAACUGACAGAUCCAUACGACAGCAAUCUGACAGACAAAACGUCCACUGAAUAUGUCGCCAUGAAAACAACAGUCGAAGUUGCGCUAUAUUCCCUGUAUCCAAAUGUCACCGAACUGCAAGCCCUAGAAGUAGUGGAUCUAAGGAAGUCAGAUGGAGUAGGCAACCGCGUCAGAGCCGUGUUCAGUAUGAAUAACCUAGGAUACGCCUUUCAAGAUUUGUCCAGUGUCUUGGAUGAAGCAGUGAUGGCAAGACAGAUAGGUUCGGUUGCCGUGGACACGGGUGGAAAGAUAUUUACAAAUGUGUUUACGGUAACCUACAUUCAAUCAGUGUUAAAGGACAGUAGCAAUGACACCGACAUUUGGGCGGAGAAAGCAUCUGCAGUUUCUGUUGCGACUGCUGAACUCCUUCGAUCAAAUACAGGGUUCUUUUACCACGACACCGUUGAAACAAGUAGAGGGGUCGUCGGUCCGAAGAUCGUAUUCCGACUCAUCUCGACUACUCCUUCAGUUGCUGGCAUCAAGGCUGCCAUAUUGGAUGCUUCCAAGGCAGGUCUACUUCCCGACGUUGACAGAGCCUCCGUCAAUUUUGCUACCACUCCGGUUGAUUUUGGCGAGCCGCCGUACAUUGACAUCGUCCUGAAACAGUUUUCUGUCACAUAUACGGGUUUCGACAUUUUCUCUCCAGCCGCACCUGUGUAUAUCAGGUUUGAUAUCAACGUUGGUAACGAUGGUACUGCAGACUUACCAAGUUUCGAGGGAGUCCAGUUCACGUUCGAGCUUUAUCUAGCAGAUGCUGCUGAGCUAGAGUCAGCCACGAAUAAAUCAUCCAAGCUUCCGGUGACUCUUUCAACUGAAGCAGAAAGCGAGGUACAACUUGGAUUGCGCAAGAAGUCGGUCGCUGUUUUUAGAGACAUAGCUGCGCAAAUCGAGUUUUCAUCGAAAGCCAUUUGUGAAGCUUACUCCCAUAUCUGCGUUCGUGUUAACUUCAUGCUGCCAUAUUACGCUGAUUACCAACCUGGCAACGAAGACUACUGCACCGCAAUUACUACCAUUGCAAGGAAAAACUGUGAUUUACUGCCUUGCGGAAGCGGUUCAGGCUGUUCUUCAAAUGCUGUCUGCACACAGGACGGUUCUAACCCACCCCAGUGCAAGUGUCAGCCUGGUUUUGAUGGUGAUGGUCGGACAUGCACAGACAUCAACGAAUGUAACAAUAGCCCUUGCCAAGAGAAUCAGGUAUGCCGGAACACCUUCGGUCAUUAUGAAUGUAGCUGUCGUCCUGGAUAUACUGAUGAAGGCGGUACAUGCAUUGAAUCUAAGAAGUUGAAGUCUUCUGUAACCCUGACGAAACAAGCGUUCAAUGCGGACCUGACCAACCCUGUAUCAACGGUGUACAAGCAGCUCGUUGUCACUGUGACUGUCACGAUCACGUCUCUAUUCCGACAGACUAUAGUGUCCUUUGCAGUUGUGAAAGUGACGAUUAUAGGAUUUAGACCAGGCAGUGUUGUAGCAGACUACACCGUGGAUGUUAGAGAAAACGCCAACGUUACGUCAGUGGAUCUUCAAACAGCACUUUUGGGAGCAACGGUAGCAAAUAAUGGCACCAAUCUGGGGAUUUCUCCUAACAUAACUUUCACAGAUUUCGAUGAGUGCCAAAACGAGACAGACAAUGAUUGCUCACCAAAUGGAUUCUGCACGAACACAGUCGGCUCAUUUCAGUGCUCCUGCAACCCGGGAUAUACAGAUCAGCAGCUGAACAGAACCGGUCGAAAUUGCAUAGCAAAUCUGACAACAGCAAUGCCUACUAUGGGAAUGACUACUGCAAACAUACCAACACCGAGGAUCACCAUGGCCAGCACUACAGUCAACCUCACAACACCUAGUCCUGGUGUGAUAAACACGACAGUUCCUGCAAAUAUCACAACGCUGAGGCCCACCACGACAAACGUCACAACGCCCAUCCCAGUCAUCACAAACACCACCAUCGAAUUAACGCCGAACACCACCAUUGAAUUAGCGCCGACAAGGGUUAAAAAUACCACGGCAUUUAGUGUUUCCGCAGGAAUUACCGUUGCGAACACUACUGCUAACAUAACAACAGUCCAAGUGACCACCCAACAACGUACGAACCUCACCACCCUGGGCUUCACCAUUGCAAACAUUACUUCAAACCUAACAACUGCCCAAAUGACCACUCAACAAUAUGAUGCCGUGUCAACCACUAAGGCUGUGACACCGAGUGUUACACCUUUAGUUACACCAACAGCACAAAUAGAUACCUCAGCUGGUACAACGGGGGCUGCGCGCGUUACAUCAGCAGUAGCAACAACUGAAACCUCGCAAACACCAGCAUUCAGCGCGACAGAUAUGAAAGUGGUGAAAGUCAGUCAGACGCAGUAUUCGCAAGCCUAUCCCGCCACAGUGGAAGUCAGCGUCACUCUACAGAAAACGGCUGGCAACAUAAGCACGGACGAUAUCACGGAGGAAACAUUGAGUGCUGUUCUCCUCUUCACCAAUAACGGCAACCUAGAAGAUGCUACCAUCAGGUCAUCUACAUUUACCACAACUAUUUCAGAAUACGACCUUGCCUUCCUUAAGGCCUACGUAGGACAAAGAACAUCAUUGACAUUGACAGAUCUUAAAGCAUCAAGCGUUGCUGUGGAUAACAACUGUGCCUCGUAUACACACAUGUGUUUGAAUGUGACUUCCACCAAUGAGAAUGUUCAGUUCGGCACGAAUGGGGAUGCAUGCAUUCCGCUAGGAAGUGGAGAAGGGCAGGCAGGGCCAAAGAAUUGCACUUUGACUAUAGGAAGUUGCACCGAAACCUGUGACACAAACGCAGUGUGCGUAAACCAAGGAAGCAGCUUUCAAUGCGUGUGCAAUUCGGGCUAUAGUGGAGAUGGCACUUCGUGCACAGAUGUAAAUGAGUGCGAAAGUGCAGUCUGCGCAAGUGAUGGAAACUCCAACUGUGUGAAUUCUGCGGGAAGUUACUCAUGCGUAUGUAAUGUCGGCUACCACAAGGACAACGGAACCUGUGUUGAGAGCGAUCGGUUCAGAGUGGAGUUUUUGUACACCUCCCUAAACUACGUGGUGGAGUUGGCUAACACGUCGUCCACUGUCUACGUCACGUACGCAAGGAACUACGAAAUCGAGACAAUCUACCUGUAUCUGUUGGUGGGAUUUAGCUCCGACUUCCUCUCCAUCUCCAACACCACUUUCCGGAAUGGCAGUUUGUACGGUGCUCACACUCUGGAAACCAAAAAGGGCACUACGUCCCUAGCUCAGGUGAAAUCAAAGCUGGAACCUGUAAUCAGCACCACCAAACUCUUCAGCAACGUUACAGCUCAAGAUUAUGACGAAUGCAGUGAUUCUAGCCGUAACGACUGUUUCCAGCACAGUGAGUGUGUGAACACCCCUGGCAGCUUCACCUGCUCCUGUCCGACAGGCUUCAUAGAUAGGAACUUGUCACGUCCUGGUAGGAACUGUGGUGUUGAUCGUCUUUACAUCGCGCUUGGUGUGUUAGGCGGAGCUCUGUUCCUCUUCAUAUUGCUUCUAUGUGCGCUGCAGGGGUCCAAGAAACAAGCCCAUGUAUCUACGGCAAAGAUGAGUUUCAAAUCCAAAACUCAGCAGCACGGACCAAUCCAUGUGCAGUGGCGCAGAGUUGAUCGACUGAACAAGGCUGCACAGGUGACUGGCUUGACCUCGGGUGGGCUUGUGUGGGCCCAGGACGCCGGUAAGACCCUGUGGUGGCCGGCACGCAUCGUCUCCACAGUGAACGGCGGAAGCGCUCUCUGGGUCCGUUGGUACGGUAGUGGGUUGUACUCCAAGGUUAAAGCCAAGAGAGCCCAACCAUUUUCCAACUUUGAUAUGAUGCAUGACCGCAGCGCCUAUCUGACAAUCCCGGCCUACAGGCGCGCCGUCAACGAAGUCAUGAAGGACGCCGAUAUGGAAGCCAUGGCCCCUCCGAUACCGCCCUCGUACCGAACAGUCAUGCAGGACACAAUGAUGGCCCCUGAAUACGGGUUCGACAAUCCUGUAUUCGGCACCGAGAACGAAUUCGCUGCAUAUUAUCCAGUUGAUUGGCGACGGAUUCAAAUGCAACAGUUCGCUCCAGGUGUCGUGGCUACCCCGAACUUUGGGUCCCGCCGCAUGUACCUACCGACUCGGGACCGAAGCCAGACUAUGCCCGACACGAGUGACUGGUACGACACGGUAGCCUCCCGUCCACCCCCUCCGCGGAGACAGUUUACCACAUUCUUAGAUCAGGAGCGUGGAUAUGGCUCCGAAAAGUCACGGUUGGACGAGAACACCCAGGAGGCCACCAUUGACUUUACCUACAGAUCAGGGUCCAUGGUCUCUCAGUCCUUCCGGUCCUCAGAAACAUCCGACGAGACCUUUCAGGACGGCCUGGACGUGGAAGAGAUCUACUUCGAUGAUGACUUCUGGGAGCAGUUCCCAUCGGGUCCCAUGGGACAAAGUGAAGCUUAAGACUUAGUUAUAAUUAGAGCAGUAUAAAAGCUCCUUGGUUAGAAAGUUAGAGUAGUGCUCCUUCAAUAGGCCUGCGAAACUAGACGGCGAUCGCUGAGUGACCAAAUUUGGACUUGUGUAACUUUUGAUUUCAAAAUUGGAAUAUUAUGGAACGUGCAGUGUGAUUUUACAGACAACGACAAAAUACAAAAAGCGUAUCUGACAAAUCUUUGGUCGCACAUAGGUCGCAGCCUCUAGUAAAAAGGAUGUUAGAUAAUUCGUAUUUUCUUUACCAUAACCACAUUCAACACAGUUGGCUUUCCUAUGUAUGUAGCACAUGAGAUGUAUAUUUCACAUAGGAAAUGCAGCUUUACAAUUUAAAUCAAUGAAUAAAUACAUGCAUUUAGUCAAAACAAACACCAAGGCAGUCAUUCUGUGUUUCAAAAACAAAACUACUAUCAAGUAUACCAUUUCACUUACCAUUCUCGUCCUUCAUCGUCCUAAAAGAUACUGUCAGUAUUAUUGUCACAGCGUUGAGGGAUGCUUUUUACUACAACCAGGCAGGCCUAUUUUGGGACCACUAUGGGGUGUGAUAGAUGAGUUAAUGGGCAUAUACAUUUAACUUUUCUUAAUGGCUAUCUUUUAUUACUCAAAAAGCUAUCCACUUUACAGCAGUCGACUUUUUCCUAUCUUUGUUACAAAUAUAAUGUAUCAAAUAGUUUAGAAAUAGCAUUGUAUUAGGACGUUUCUAAUAUUUGGGACCACAAUAGGGUGUGAUAGAUGCGUCAAUUGACGCAGUCUUUUUUAAAUGUUUUAUGAAUCUAAAAGCUAACCAUCAUACAGAAAGGUCAUUUUCCUAUCUUUGCCAGAAUUUGAAUUUAGUGGUAAGUAAUGACACGGCCUUCCGUCGGUCAUAUCUGCUUCAUAUUCUAAAACGAUAAGGUGUGAUAAAUAGGUCGUAGUUUUUUUUCAAACGUUUUUCUCUCAAUUUCGUUAUAUUAGAAGCUAAAAUCAUUAUAUAGCAAGGUGAUAUUUUCCUAUCUUUCUUAGAACUUGAUUUUAGUACUAGUAUGUGUCUUGUAUGCUCUCGUACUCACGUAUUGUACUGAAUCACACGUGUAUAACAUUGGUGUCGGUCAUCUCCUUUCCUCCUGUCAAAAUAAACUCUUAAAAAACCCA